UGCGAUGGUCAAUUUUAUUGUGAUUAUUCGGUGAAAUGUCGUCUAGUCCAGUCGUGUCCGCGUGUAUCAGCAUUAUUGCUUUAGCGCUAUGUACAAUCCACACAACAAACGCGUCAAACAUAUUAGUUUUCUUUCCGAUGCCUUCGUAUAGUCACUAUACGUUGGCGCAUCGGUUGGCAGAAGGACUCGCGGAAAAAGGGCAUCAAGUUACCAUGAUCGCGCCUUAUAAACAGGAGAAAACUGCUGAGAAUUAUAAACAAUUGUAUAUAGAGAAUCUAGCUAAAAUUGUCCAAGAGAAGAAAACUGUUUUCUUUGAUAUGGAAUCAAUGUGGCCCAUUCAACAAAUCCAUCUGUGUUACCAAUUGGGAUACGUUAUUUCAGAAUAUGUACUAACGUACCAACCAAUUCUGGAUUUAGUAAAAACUAAAAAAGGCCACUUUGAUGUGGUUAUAAUGGACCAAUUCUACGACGAGAGUCUUACUGGGAUUGCUUACAAGUUGGACGCGCCUUUGAUAUAUUUCAGCACGUUAGUCUCUUCAAUCUGGGUUAACCAUUUAGUAGCCAACCCAGCACCCGUAUCCCACGUCCCCAAUAUCUUCUUUGACUACAGUGGCCGCAUGGAUUUCACUGAUCGACUCCAUAAUUGGUUUCUCAUGGUCGCCGAGGAGGCCUAUCGCCAUUUUAUUUCCUUCCCCUACCAUAAUGAACUAUUACACAAAGCAUUUCCGGAUGCACCUCAUGUUUAUGAUUUGCUCUAUAAACGUGAUGGUUAUCUGGUGAAUUCUCAUGUAAGCAUUAAUGAUCCUGUACCUCAUGUGCCUAACAUGGUUGAGAUUGGUGGUUUCCAUGUCAAAGCUGGGGAAUUACCUAAAGACAUGAAGAAAAUUAUAGAUGAAGCUAAGAAUGGUGUUGUGUUCUUCGGCAUGGGAUCUAAUCUGAAAGUGUCAUUACUGCCUGAGGAGAAAAAGAAAGCAAUCCUACGUGCGUUGGGAAGAAUCAAUCAGACUGUCUUCUGGAAGUGGGAGGAGGACACCAUCGAGGGCAAACCAGACAAUGUAAUCCUAGGAAAGUGGUUUCCGCAGCAAGCUAUUCUAGCACAUCCCAAUACAAAAGCUUUCAUCUCACACGGCGGACUGUUAAGCACCAUUGAAGCUGUUAGUUUGGGGAAACCCAUUCUAGGUAUUCCGAUCUACGCCGAUCAAAAAAUGAACAUAAAUUUAGCUGUGAGCAGAGGCUAUGCUUUGACUGUGCCAUACAAACAACUCAACGAAGAGAAUCUCUUCCAAGCUCUAGACCAACUCAUCAAUAACUCAAGCUAUACGGAAACAGUAAAAUGGCGGUCGGCAAUGAUGCACGAUCGACUCGUACAUCCGCUGAAAGAAGCCAUCUACUGGGUAGAGCACGUAAUCAAACACAAGGGCGCUCAUCACUUUCGCUCCAAGGCCAUGGAUCUUAAAUGGUACGAGUACGAAAUGAUCGACGUGGCCCUUCUGCUCGCUGUUGUCACGCUUGCAACCUGCGCGGCCAUCUUGUACGCGUGCAAAUCACUCCUGGGCUCUCCAUCGCACGUGUCGCACGCGAACGGCAUCAAAAAACGGCAGUGACACGGCAUGUUUUCGAAUGCGGUCAUUCAUCAUCGACGGGCGACGGUCAAGUCCAAGUGGGCGAUCGAUGCACCGUUAUUAGUUUUCAAGGUUGCCAGCAGAUAAACGCAAACUAAACAAGUGGCUACAAAAUUCCAAACGCUCAACACACAUGUGAUCUAAUCUACGAAAUUGAGUGUAAUUCAAGGGCACGUCACUUGUGCCAAUGAGUAAAUUACACAAUCUGUUCAUAACAUAUUAUCAUUUAUUGUAAUAAUAAAUAGUAAAUAGUAUUUGUUAAUCAAA